AUGCCCGUCCGUACUGCCAUCGCAUGUCGCCGAUGCAAUGCCCGCAAGAUCAAGUGCUUAGCACCGAACGGGGUCCCCUGCCUCAAUUGUGAUUCUGCAGGGGCUGAUUGCCAACUCAUUGAGUCGAGAAGGGGGAAGUACCCGCGUCAGAGACGGCUCCGGGCAAGCAAGUCCUCGCCAGUGCACAAGGAUCCCGAGGCUGAUGAGACACUGCAGUCUUCGUCAAGUUCCUCAAACCCUCCAGCGAUACCUCAAUCGCCGCAGCAUGCGGUCCUGGCGUCACCGUCGAUUUCCCAUCGUGACAUAGAGUUCAACGCCACUGACGCCCACGAGAUUGUUGUGGCUGACUCGGGGGAUGGCAACACCAACGCCGCCAACAUCAACAGCACAGCUACCACACAGGACACGCCUGAAUCACCUGGCUUUCUGCACGCACGCAUCGCCGAGAAUAGUGCCAACAACUCCACGUCAACCAUCACCGACACCAACAGGACUGCCUUUCUUGGCGAGGCCUUUAGCCUCAGUUAUGUCGUUCACAAUGUCAUCGGGCCCUUGUUCUCAAGCUCAUCAACUCAUCCCCACAGACUACACUUCCCCCUGACGUGCCACAGUGAUGGCGAUCCCGGUCCACGCUCCCGAGUUGAUACAGUGACAUGUCAGAUCAGCCAUCUGAGAUCGCAGCGUCUCCUGUACUUCCCAUGUCGCGAGACACUUCACCUUCUCCUCGACUGUUACUUUGAGGCUUUCCACCCAGCAUUUCCAAUCCUCGACGAGGCCUCGUUUCGCAGAGCCACCGACGCAGGCGAGACCUCUCUCAUUGUUCUCAGCGCUCUUCUCAUGGUCGCCGUGAGUAUCUGCACCACAGAUGUCCUCCAGCAGAACGGGUCUGUCAGCCGUUAUGGUGCGCGGAGUAUCUACUAUCAUCAAGCAAAGGCUCUGUACGACGCAGAUCAGGAGCCCAGUAAGGUCGAUAUCAUCGUGGGAACCUUUCUGAUGAGCUUUUGGUGGGGAGGCCCUAAUGAUCCUAAGGACUCGUGGCAUUGGCUGGGAAUAACAUCAAAUCUUGCAACGAGCCUCGGCAUGCAUCGGUCAACUCAACACUCGUCUGUGGACUCUAAAACCGCAUCAAGAUGGAAGAGAAUCUGGUGGUCUAUCUAUAUUCGAGAGAACCUUGUUAGCGGCUCAAUCGGAAAGCCUCGUCAUAUAUCGGAUUCAGACUGGGAUGUCGAGGCCCCUACAGAGAAGGACCUCGAGAACGUGGUCACCUCUGAGAGGCCAGAACGAGCCGCAUAUUUCAUACACAUGGCCCAUUUAUCCAAGAUAUUCGGUGGUAUUCUAUCCUCUAGAUAUGCAGCCUCCAAACCUGUAGAUUCGAGCAAAGGACCUGAAGAUCUGGAACAUGAUCUUCAACGGUUUCGUUCAGAACUACCAGGAACAAUGGCAUAUAGAGGCCUUGGCCCAGGUCAACAUGGCCUCUGGGCCGCUAUGCUUGCAAUGGCAACGUGCUAUGCUACCAUCCUUCUUUGCCGUCCCCAGAAUGAGGAUCAGAACGAUGAAAACUGCCGAUGGGGAAACCGUCAGAAAGCCUUUGACGCAGCGAAUGAGAUUACCCGCAUAAUAGAAGACAUUUUGGCAGACUCAGCAGGGAGACUAUGCCAGAUUCACACAAUACCAGCCCUCUUUAACGCUCUAGCCAUGCAUCUCCUCUCACUCUGCGAAUCAAGGGAGUUGGAGAACUUCCAAGUCCGAAAGGGUCUAGGCGAAGCCCGUUCAGACAUCUGUAUGCUCGGUCUCGAAGUCCUACAGGAAUCAUGGCCCGUUGGAAGAUGGGUGUACCGCCUCUUUGCCAUGAUCAGGAGCCGAAUGAGGGAUUAUGCACAGCCUGAACCUUCAGGGAUGGUGAACCACCCAGCGCCGGCUUAUCCACCUCUUCAACAGGAGGCGGAUCGGGCAGGGGAAGACAGUCGAGACGAUAUUCAAGAGGAUAUUCAAGGGUGGCAAGGCCAUGAUAAUGCUGAGCAGGGUGUGGUCGCCUCCUGGUUACCUACACCGCUGUACUCAGCUGAGACUUUCUCGCCGCAUCAAUUCUUGGAUCUGACAGCCCAAAGUCUCUUGCUUGAGGAUUACAUUCCCGAUAUAUUCACAUUUAAUUGA